AUGGGACAAAUGCCACUUGAAAAUUAUGUCUGCAUAAAUUGCGGUAAAAGACUAUGCAAUCUUUACAAGAAGUAUAAUAAAAUAAUAAAAACUAUUAAUUGUGACAAAUGCCAAACAACCGCAGACAAAUAUAUUGAGUUCGAACCUGUGAUAAUAAUUGUCGACUUAAUGCUGUUGUCACAUUCGUCCUACCGUCAUGUCCUCCAUAAUAGAGAUUUCAAGUUAUUUUGGAAGUUGUCCCUAAUAUUGUUAUUACUUGAGUCCUUAACCCUGUGGAGAGGUGAAAAUGAGCAAAAAAUAAAUCUUAACCCCAACGCAUCAUCACCGUAUGAACAUGGAUUCUAUAACUGUUGUGCUCACAAGAUCGGUGAGUUUGUCUUAUGUACAUCGUUGAUGGUAAUCGGAAAUAUUGCUUGUGGAUCGAAACUUGAUUUUGUUGGUGCGAAGCGCGAGGGAUACCAAAUGCUUAAAGCUUAUGCACUCGCAAAUUUUUCUAAAUUUUUUCUAUUACCCAUAAUGCUAUGGCGGGAGAACACCACCGAUUUUGGUGCAUCGCUUCAUCGAUUUCUCGUAACAGCACAUCAUUUAUGUGCAUUGGUGUCCGCAUACAUGGUAGUAAGCCGCUGUCGCGCUUUGGUAUCGGCGGUGCUUGUAAUUUCAAUAUACGCUGCUAAGGAAUUUCUGAUAACACGGUAUUGCAAUGUAAACAUAUAA